GAUAUAUCAGACUUCUUAGGGGUAGGGCUUUUAGGAAUUAGAUUACUUAAGAGCCCUAUCAAGUUUAAUUACAAUUUUCAUAGCGAAUUAAUAUUGCAAAUAAGCGUAGUAAAACAGUUAUUUUUUCAUAAUUCGAAAACUAUAUAAACGGCGUUAAGUUCUUAGACAUCUCUUAACCAUACUGAAGUCCCUCAGCCAUGAGAUCCAACAAAGUCGUUUACCUCGCCUUAAGCUUAAUUCUGCUGGAAAUCUUUGCACCAUUCAAAGUGCAAGCUUUUAAAAUCGAUCUCGAUGUGAUUAACCAGUGCUCCGAAGUGGCUUUAAAAGCAGUAAGCACCUUGGCCGUAAGGGUUAUACCAUGUACUAGGAAAUUGGCAAAAUGUGCACAAUUUACACCAAUGAAGACCAAGGAUCUUGAUAUUUCCAAUUUGGCACUUUUGGUCUAUCAAUUCAUGCAGAAAAUCGUUAACAGCCAGAAAUGUCUGUUGAUCUCGUUGAAGGAAGCUUACGAAGCUGUAAGCCCACACGUAACCCCAUUGGUUGCUAUGAAAUGUAAUCCAUUUUCAUAAAACGAAAGCUUAAAUUUAGCCCAGUUAAAACGAUUUCUAUGAAAAACCAAUUCAAGAAUCGAUAAUAUAUAUAUGCAGAAAUCUA